UCUCGUCUGUUUGGUACAGUGCCUGUUAUUCUAGGACAGCUGUCUGUAUGAAAUGAGUAUAUGUGCACGCCAAAUACCAGGCUUGGAUAGGAAAGAAUCCAAUCAGAAUUACCAUACUCUCACCAACUUAGUCAAAGACUUUCACCUUGAGAAGGAAAAGAGAAAACAUUGAUACCUAUUCAUUCGUACGUACCAAAAAAUAAAAUGGCUACUAUCCACGUUUUUAGACACGCUGAGGCCUUGCACAACAUCUUGCCGGAGUUCAGGGCGAAGAGAGACCCAGAAAUCUCGGAUGCGGGCCGUCAGCAGUGCAUCAAGAUGGCCUCCGAGUUCCCCUUUAUGGACCAGGUAACACAUCUGAUAUCGUCACCGCUUAGUCGUGCACUGAGCACUAUCCGUUUGGCGUUUGCCCCCGUGGCAGAAAAGCAGCAAAUCAUUGUCUUCCCAGAGCUGACCGAGGCUGGAAUCGCAAUUUCGAGUUUCGGAUCUUCCAUCGAGGAACUUCAGGAGAAAUAUGGAGAUCAACUCGAUCUAAGCCAUGUCCCUGACGAUUGGGAACAGAUCCACCCAAGAAGCCGCUUCGCGUAUGACUUGAAGCUGAUCUUCACCCGUGCUGCUCUGGUAAGGGAACGGAUCAUAGAUCUGGCUUCAACGGCGGAGGAGGGGUCCCAUAUCGUCGUCAUGACCCAUGGCCAGACCGCUCACUUUAUGACUGGUGACUUCAGUGGUCCGGAGGCACCUACAUACCUUACAAAUUGGAAUGGCAACUUGCAAUACCGCUCCUAUGCAAUCGACCUUGCCUCAAGGGCAUUGGUGGAAACGCCGGAAAGCAGGGUAAGAAGAGGCAUAUUGGGGCCAAAUGACCCCGAUGCUGUGGCUAUGGUGAAGGCGCAUAUAUGCCAAAGAAUCCUCUGCCGUAUGCCUGAGGUUCAUGCUCUGUAUGAAGCCUACAAUAAGCCUCAAGGAGAAGGCUUGUAAGCUCGCCA